CGAGCGCCGAGGGAGGAGAGCGACCGUGCCGCAGGGUCGCCCGCCGUCAUGACCGCGUCCGGGGAGAUACCCGGGUACGGGAAAGGGAACCUCCCGCCGAACAUCGCGGACGCGGAGGGGUUCCUGGACGAGGUCGAGGACGUCAGCCGCCUGAUCGAAGGCUUACACAGCGGGAAGAUCAGCGCGGAGUACGUCGACAAGCGGAUCGCGGAGAAGGCCGCGGAGGAGGAGACCGCGGCGAAGAAGGAGAAGGAGAAUGAAGAAGACGCGGAGAAGCGGAAGUACGAGAACCUUCCGGAGGAGAAGAAGAAGGAGGUCAAGCAAAAGGUCGACGAGAUGAUCCGCGAGAAGGAACGCCGCGAGCGCGCGCGCGAGCGGUUCGCCGCGUACCAAGCCGCGAACGGGGACUCGUCGUCGUCGUCGUCGUCCGCGCGGAAAGGCACCGAUUACGGCGCGUGGGACCUGUGGACGCCGAGCGACGACGAGGACGACCCGUGGAUGAGUUACACGCCGAACAACCCCGCGUUUAAGGCGAUGGAGGCGGACAUCGACAAGCGGCACGCGCGGCAGGUGGAGCGGCGGCAGACGGCGUAUCGAAAGAGAGAGGAAGGGAACGCGUUGUUCAAGGCGGGGCAACACGCGGAGGCGCUGAAGACGUACGAAGCCGGGUUAGACGCGGACAAACGGUCCGUGGAGCUGCACGGGAACGCCGCGAUGGCGGCGCUGAAGUGCGCGUGCUUCGUGCAGUGCAUCGAGCACUGCGACAAGGCGAUCGAAAUUUGCGAUUUCCUCCUCGAGGACCCGAAGCACGCGACGGCGAUCAAGUGCCUGCAACGCCGAGCGACGGCGCGGCUGGCGCUGAAGCACUACAUCGACGCGGUGAAGGACCUCACGAAGGCGAAGGAGCGCGACCCGGGGAAUAAGGAGAUCGCGAAGCAGCUUCUCACCGCGGAGGUGAUGUACGACGAGGCGAGGAAAGAAGCGGAGGUCGAGCGCGGGAUGCGAAGAGCGGGCGAGGGAAAAGCCGGCGAAGUCGACGGGACGGAUUUUAACACCCUGCGGACGCUCGAGUCGCUGUUUAAAACCGUCGGCGCGGAGAUUAAGGAAGGCGACGCCGGCGCGCCGUCGGCCUCCACCGCGGUCGACUACGCGAAGCUCGAAAAGCUGUUGGAGAGCUCCGAGGCGUGCCGAGUCUACGCGCGCGCGGGCGAAGGCGUCGGCAUCGCGAAGCUCCUGCGCGAGGUCGCGGUCGUCUCGAUGGGCAAACCGGGCCACCUCGGUCGCGGGUUAGGCCCGAUACGCGCGCUUCGCGCGGCGUGCCUCUCGGAACAAAACGUCGACGCGCUGAUGAACAUGGACGGUCUGGACAUCGUCGUCGGGUUUUUGACCUCGAGUUGGAACGCGGGAAAGCGAGAGAUGAGCGUGAUGAAAGAUUCCCAAGUCGCCGGCGGCGGUGCCGCGAGGAAAGCGUCGUGCGCGGCCGCGUUCCUCCUGCACACGUGCUCCGCGGAGGACGCGCCGCGACGACGAAUCGCGAACGCGCUGUCCUCGGACGUGUCCCCGCACGGACCGAUCAACGCGUGCGUGGAGAUGCUUCGGUUGGCGUCGAACUCGUCGGACGACGUCGGACAACGUCAGACACCGUCGGACGCGGAUCGCGUCGUCGCCGCGCACGCGCUGUCGCUGCUCGGGAACUGCGCGCUGGAGACGAAGACGAAGGUGGCGCUGAGGGCGUGCUGCGAGGUCGCGAAUACGACGGUCCCGGGGAUCAUCACUCCGGUGUUGACGUGCGGCGUCUCCGCGCUGUCGGAGAGAGCCGCGGCGUUGUUGGGUAACUUGUGCGGCGACGCGGACAUUCGCGGGCAGCUCGCGAACGACGCGCGCGCGAUCAAGGCGCUCGUGUCGCUGCUUCCCGCGUCGGACGCGGCGUCGAAGGCGGGCAAAGCGACCGCGGCCGCGACCGCGGCCGGCGGCGGCGUCGCCGGGCUCGGCGGCGCCGCGCUGCCGGCGAAGAAGAGGGACGUCGCCGCGGUCGAGACGACGGCGGCGGCGGCGGCGCCCGUCGGCGAAGUCGACGACGCCGCGACCGUGACGAGCGCGCUCGCGGCGCUCGUCAACGUCCUCGUCGAGCCCGCCGCGCGCGCGUCCGCGGCUAAAGCGAAGGCUGCGACGCACGUCCUCCCCCUCCUCGGCGUGGCGUCGCCUCCGUCGAUCCCGGCGAGGGCGGCGGCGGCGUUGGCGCGACUCGCGCGAGAGCCGACGUGCGCCGUCGCGAUGCUCGCGAACGACGGCGCGGGCGGCGCCGCCGCGGUCGCCGCGUUCGCGCGAUCGAUACUCGACGGCGGCGGCGUGAAGAAUCUCGACGCGGAGACGGGCGGCGCGCUGGAGUCCGCGGUGAGGGUCCUCGCGGUUCUCGCGUCGGGCGCGUCCGCGGAGGGACGCGUCGCGAUGUGCGCGUGCGCGGCUGGCGUGCUCGUGCGCGCGGUGAGCGCGGACGACGCGAGCGACGGCGUCGUCGGGAACGCGGCUCUCGCGCUCGCGGACGUCGCGAAAGAGCCGUCUCUGCUCGCGAAGAUCGCGGAGUUGAAACCCGUGACGCCGCUCCUCGCGGCGUGUCACCGGCGCGCGGGCGCGGCUCAGAAAAACGCCGCCAUCGCGUGCGCUCGGCUCGCGAUUCACCCGCCGAUGCUCGAGAUCUUGAAAGAGAACAACGGCCUCGAGCUCAUUUACCGAUACGUCAAACCCUAG